AUGAGCGAUAUAGAAUCAAACGAUCGGCCGAAAUGGUUGUUAGAACUAGAAAAUCGAAAGAGAAAGCCUCGAUUGGCGCACGAAGCUGGAGCAGGUGCACCUUGUGUGAUUUGUAAAGCAACAUGCCCGGGUUUGGACUUGCAUUUUUGGAGAAAGACUUGUAAAAAUUGUAAAUGCAGUAAAGAUGAUCAUGAUGUAGACGAUGAAGAUUUUCCACAGUUUGAUUUGUUAUUUGGUUCCUCAAGAAAAUACAAGAAGAAACCCGUUUUAUUACAUAUACAUAAUGAAAGAGAACAUGCAGAAGAAGCAUUUGAAUGGAUACCACCAGAUACAACAAAAGAACUUGCUGCAGAUUAUAUGAAAGCCUUCCCAGUAGAAAAGUUGCCUAUUAAAGGGUCAGCUGGUGCAGCUCUGAGAAGACAAUUAUUACAGAAACAGUUUCCCCUUCAUGACAUAGAUUAUAAAGUUUGUGAUAAACUGAGUGAACAAGAAAUGAAGCAAUUUGAGAAGUAUUUGGAAAGCAUAAAAAAAUACGUGGGACAGGGAACAGUGACAAAGAUACUAAGUGCUCGCCCGUUCGAACGAUCGUUAAUGACACCCGCUAAUGCAACCGACAUGCAACGUUUUAGUCCACAAAAUAAACCUACUGUACCAUCAAAUAUGGUUCAAUUGCGCACGCCAAGUAGUUUUACUCCGAAAAGUUCGUACAAAAAAGAUUUCCAUGAUAAAUGGAACAAACACAACGCACCUAAUUUAGAAACACUAACUAACGUUAAUAACAUCAACGAUAUAGCAGUUCUUGAAAAAUAUAACAUAAAUAGUAACAGCAGUGAGACUGUAAAAUCAGAACCAAUUAAAUCUAGGUUUUACGACAAGGGUAUUUAUCCAAUUAAUUGCCCAAAAUCUGAUAACAAUCAUCAUGAUAUUGUAAACAAAGACAGUUCAAUGACUGAACGUUUAAAGUUUCCAAAUACUGAAGGAAUUGAAGAUAUAUUCAAGAAUUCAUCCUCUAAUCUUACGCACUUUAAUCCGAUCAACGAUGAUACCGCUAUUGCAGAAACUAUAUUAGCAGAUGCAUUUCUUCCUCCUAGCACAGUACACGCCAACGAUAUAAUUGGUAGUACAUUAGAUAAAAAGGGUCUGAUGUUCAUACGAGAAAAACUUACAAAUAAAUAUAGCAACCAAGAAAAUCAAGUACAGGCAUCACACAAUGCUCCCAGUUUUGCAAGAAAUUUAGAUUCAUAUGAUUUAUUAGCUAAAAAUAAUAACGCUGGUUUGCAAAUAAAAAAUAUUGAUAAAGGGACCGAGAGAGCAGCUGUCACUGUUGCCAUACAAAAUUCUCCUGGAGUGUUGACUCUAACAGGAGACAGAAUUCAAAAAGUAGAAAGAAACGCUGUCGAACCCAAAUCAAUAAAGGCAGAAAAAGAAGUAAUAAAGCCUAAUUCACAAAUAGUUCAAUCUGCUCCUCUUGACUCUACAGUAAUUAUUAAUAUAGAUGAUAAGGACAAAGUAAAAGAAAAUACAUUGCUGACUCCUACGAAAUUAAAAGAAGGUUCGUCUUCCUUACCAAUGCCAUUACCACAAACAUGUCAACAAUUUUCUAAUACCGCUAAUCAUGAAGCAAAAUUGAGUAAUCUCGUGGCACCUUCUACUGUUAUUUAUUCUCAACAAUUACAAAAUCAAAUAUUCCCUUACAAAACUAUCGGCGGAACAAAUCAACAAAUACAAAAUUUACCGAACAUAGAACAUCUAAAAGGUGCUGUCGAAGAACUAACAAUGGACGCUGCUAAGCCACAAAAAUGCCACGAAUGCAAAGGAGAGAUACACGUUGGCGAUGUCGCCGUAAUAACUGACAAAGCUAAAAAUUCAAUGUGGCAUCCCGGAUGUUUUGUUUGCAAUAUAUGCAACGAAUUAUUAGCAGAUCUAGUAUACUUCUAUUAUAAAAAUAAAUUAUAUUGCGGCAGAGAUUUAGCGACAUUUUUAGGAAUUCCUAGAUGUUUUGCCUGCGAUGAGCUUAUUUUUGUUCGAGAGUAUACUGUCGCAGAAGGUCAUAAUUACCAUGUGAAACACUUUUGUUGCUGGGACUGUGAUGUUCCUUUAGCUGGAAAACAAUAUAUCACAGAGAACGAUCGUCCAUUAUGUCUUCCAUGUUAUCAGAAAACGUAUGCGAAAACAUGUAACGCAUGCGAAAAGGUAAUUGCCGCUAACCAGGAAGGUGUUCCUGUGAAAGACUUGCAUUUUCACGCAACAGAAGUUUGUUUCUGUUGUUACAUUUGUAAGAAAAACUUAUUGAAUGGUAGAAUAGCAGUUAAAGAGAAAAAAAUAUUCUGCAGUAAAGAAUGCAUUUCGAAGUUCCUACAUACGUAAACUUAAUAUCAGAUUCAAUGUACUGCCCGCGUUUUGAUAAUAUUUUUUCAUUUUCUUUUGUUUUUAUAUUUUGCCAUAAAACAGUGCAUGUAGCUUCAUUUUUUUUUGUAUACAUUAUUAAUAUGAAAUGCAUAUAUCAUUAAAAAACAGAUUUUACACAGUUUUGUGUAAAGAAAUAUAUUUUUUAAUUAAUGCAUAAGCACUUUAUAACAAAUAUCAAUUGUAAUCUU